GGUGGCGCCAAAAGCGUUGAAGUGGAAGGUGGAAGUGGAUGUUUUUAUUUCCGGGUGCACAGCUCCUCCUUUCCUGUCGGCCAUUUGUCGUAAGCGAUUUGUAGGCGACAAGUUGCACCACCUUCAAACAUGCAGAACGACGCUGGUGAAUUUGUGGACCUUUACGUCCCACGUAAAUGUUCCGCUAGCAACAGAAUCAUUGGGGCCAAGGACCAUGCCUCCAUCCAGAUCAACAUUGCUGAGGUUGACAAAGUGACCGGACGCUUCAACGGUCAGUUCAAGACCUACGCCAUCUGUGGCGCUAUCCGCAGAAUGGGAGAGUCUGACGACUCCAUCCUCAGGCUGGCGAAGAACGACUCCAUCGUUGCAAAGAAUUUCUGAAUGGGACAUCAGAGUUGUGGAAACUUUGUAAAAUAAAAUGAGGAAAAAAACAUUUUGUGUCUUUUUCUUUCUCUUAAAUUAAAACCAGUGCUUCAGAUUUACAGGCCAAACCACAU